AUGACUGAGACACUAACAGAAAAUAUCCGACUUGAACACGAAGUGGUGCGGUUGCAAACUGAAGUGGAAAGAUAUCGUUUUGAGUGGGUAUUUAUGUUUGGUACCGCAGAUAUUACAAGUAGUGAUAAUGAAAGCGUUAAUCGUAUCGGUUAUGUUUGUGGUCGUUUGAGGGCACAAGAGGCGAGAAACGAAUUGGAAGAGCACGUUUCGUAUAGUCGUCAACUGGAAGCGGAAUUUGACGAGGAAAUGAAUGGCUUAAGGCGUGAUCUAACUUUCAGAGAUCGUGAGCUGACAAAACUGAAAAUUGAACACGAUAAAUUGAAGGAGAAUCUAACACGUACUCGCAAAGAGGCACUUUCGACAAACACACAACUUCGGGAGCAAUUACAAGUGGCCGUUGAAGAGCGUGAUCGAUUGGCCAAACAAGUGCAGCAUUUGGAACAACAAAAUGAUGAUCUGGAACGACAAUUGAGGUCACUAAGCGCUUUUCUUUUUUGUUGCUUAUUUUGCAUCAUUAGUUAUAUCAUUAGCAUCAUUGUUCAGACCAUCGGACAAGGCAAGAUCACUUGUGAAACGUUAACGAGUACAGAACGAAAUUUGAAUGCCGAACUGGAAGCACGUGCGUUGCUAACCACUGAGUUGGAGUUGAACGAUGAGCUAAAGGAACAGUGCCAGCGAUUAGAGGACGAAAUCCGAGACUUGAAGUUGGAUAAUACAGUGAAAGAAACCAAACUGAAGAAUUUCACGAAGAUUAAUGAUAAUAAUAACAACAAUGAUAAUAUCCAUUCACCAGUUUCUUCAAACCAUUUACCAAAUAGUUCUUCUCCUCUUAACAAUAACCGACGUCAGUCAACAACUAGUAAUACGAGUAGUACUAGUAAUGGGCCAAUAUGGGUUGAACGUUCAAAAGAAAAGCACCAAAUAAACAGGAAUAAUAUAAGUGAGAGUGAAGAAUUGUGCACCAUCACCAACAACAACAGUACUAUUAUUGGCAACAGUAAAAGGAUGAUAAAUCCUAUCACAUCUACGAUGUCCGUUAAAAAUGGUCUUCUCACUAAAUCGAAACCAACAACGUUAUCAGUUGCCAGCUCAGGAAUGAAUGGCGUUCACAGUAAAAACUCGUCCAUAUUCGAAACACCAAAAAUUGGUGCAGCAACAAAACGUUUACAAAACGGUUGUUUAUCGCCAUCAUCAUCGUCUAAUAAUAAUGGCACAACAACAAGUGCAACUUCAUCAUGUGCAACUUCAUCUCCACUGGCAAGAAAUGUUUCACCAAUCAUAACUGACUUAUUACGAACCAUUCAGGGAACACUACAGGCACUUGAGAUGAAACUUCAUCGAAUAUGCCCCGAAAGAAGAGCAACUGCAAACGUUUGUGAGGAUCUCGGUACCUCUAAUGGCUUUGCAUCGCCGUCGUCAUUAAAUCAUCAUUGA